UGUGUGUGCUCGCGGAGGUGAUCCGCAGCCUUCCACUGGGCAGAAGGGGUACUGGUUAAAAACAUAUAACCCCAAGUUAGAACGGUUCCACUUUUUCUAAAGGGAGGGGAGGAUAAGGAGGGGGCCAUGGCUCCUGGAGCAGUCUGCCUAACGGUCCAGACUCAGAGAACAGCCAAGAAAUCUGUCUCUACAACUAACCAAGUCUAUCUAGGGCCGAGCCUCCCAGAGCUCACACCGGGGGAGGUGCCUGCACCCAGGCAGAGGCUGUGGAAGCAGGAGCUGGGAGAGCCGCCAGGAAACCAGCCAGUGGCCUCGGGGGAGUCCCUGCGCAGGGCCGCAGAAUAGCUGCUAAUAAAAUGCACUAUUUGUAGUCUCCACGAGAGGAUUGUAGAGGGGAAGGCGGCGGGUGGGGGAAACGGACUGAUGCCGGGGACUCCUCUGUACUUGCUACUGCCCUAUGUCGGUAUUUGGACGUUUUCCAGAGCGACAAUUCCGGGGGAAAAGCGCUGGGGAAAAGCGCUGGAGUGUUGAGAAUUUAGCCUCUUUCCCUUUUUGGAUGGAAAGGAAGGUCACCCGGUGUUCCUCACUGUGCUGUUUGGGGACCUUCUCCCCCCUCUCCAGAGUUCCUUUAAUCAUUCCUCAUUAAUUCAUUUCAUCAUUAGCCCCCUCAUCUGGACAGUUUUAAGGGUCUCAGAUUCUGAAUGAAGGACAAGAAAUGGCCGUGGACCCAGCGCUUCACAAAGGCCCAAGACAAAUUUUGAGGAGUUAAAUAAGACUGGUUAGUCGCCUGGAACUCUUUUUCGUAGACUAGUUCCAGGGCCUGGUGUGUCCUUUUGGCCUUAGGCAGGCUAUAAUUUCAGGACAGAUAAUGAUUCUUUGGACACUGGUCCCACCGAGUUCCCCCUUUGCCUCUCUCAGCUGCUAAAGGAUCAAGAGAAGAGCCCAGUCCCAAAUUGUGCCCUGAACCCCUCCAAAGAGGAUAACUGUCCUAUAAAACCCCCAACUUCUUUCCCAUCCUUUUACUUCAUCUCCUGUGGGUCGCUGUACUGCUGUUGUUUAAUAAACAUCUCUGUCAAGGGGACAGAGGACAGGAAAUGAGGGCCCGCGGGGUGGAGGUGGAGGUGUUGGGGGGGCGGGUGACAAGACUACCUCCUCUUUAAUUACCCUGUCGGGCCUCUCCCGCUGCUCUGAGGCUGGGGCGCUCUUCCUCCCUGUAUGCUGGUCUUCCCUCCCCUCUCUCUCCAACCCGCCUGGGGAGAGGGCUCCUCAGCCUGCGUCCCUCCAGAGGCAGCCCGCUGCUUGCCUCCGCCUCUCCUCCGCCCCCAUCGCCCCAUGUUGAGAACCCCCCUUCCUGUAAAAGCGGGAGGGGCCCCGGGCGGCCCAGCAGCUCAGGCUGAGGUUACGUGGCCGCCGGAGCCCUGACGUGAUAGCACAUUGCAUCAGCAUAAAACAAUCCAUCCUGGAUAUGGAAUGCGGUGAGGACGGAUGACAGCGCGAGCGCAGCCCCCUCGCCCGAUUGAUUUAUGUCGGAGCUGACGCUUUAUCAGGCAGUCCGCAAAACUUUGACCAAUCAUUUUGCAAGGAGCUCCGAGCCGGGCUGCUCCACUGUACUUUGUUGGCUGAGAAGUUGAGCAGGGGGUGGGGGUGGGAGGGUGGGGGUCUGGGGGGGGUCGCGUCCGAAAGCCCUCUGCACCGGGUCCGUGUGCCACCUUUCCCUGCUUGGGCGCCACGGCGCGAGCGCUUCCCUUCCCCCUGCGAGCGCGCGGAUAAUGUCUGAGAAUGUCCAUUUCUGGGACGCUUAGCAGCUAUUAUGUCGACUCGAUCAUAAGUCACGAGAGCGAGGACGCGCCUCCAGCCAAGUUUCCUUCGGGCCAGUACGCGAACCCGCGGCAGCCGGGCCACGCCGAGCACCUGGACUUCCCCUCGUGCAGCUUCCAGCCCAAAGCUCCGGUGUUCGGCGCCUCCUGGGCGCCGCUGAGCCCGCACGCUUCGGGGAGCCUGCCGUCGGUCUACCACCCCUACCUGCAGCCCCAGGGCGCGCCGGCGGCCGAGAGCAGGUACCUCCGUACCUGGCUAGAGCCGGCGCCGCGCGCCGAGGCCGCCCCGGGGCAGGGCCAGGCGGCCGUGAAGGCGGAGCCGCUGCUGGGCGCGCCGGGGGAGCUGCUUAAACAGGGCACGCCCGAGUACAGUUUGGAAACUUCGGCGGGCAGGGAGGCUGUCCUGUCUAAUCAAAGAGCCGGCUACGGGGACAAUAAAAUUUGCGAAGGAAGCGAGGACAAAGAGAGGCCGGAUCAAACCAACCCCUCUGCCAACUGGCUGCACGCCCGCUCUUCCCGGAAAAAGCGCUGUCCCUACACCAAAUACCAGACGCUGGAGCUAGAGAAGGAGUUUCUAUUCAAUAUGUACCUCACCAGGGACCGCAGGCACGAAGUGGCCAGACUCCUCAAUCUGAGUGAGAGACAAGUCAAAAUCUGGUUUCAGAACCGGCGGAUGAAAAUGAAGAAGAUGAAUAAGGAGCAGGGCAAAGAGUAAAGAUGACCCCACCCCUCCCCAGCU